AAGUAAAAAAAAAAAAAAAGAGUCAGUACCCCGUCCCGCCUUUCUUCUUGACGCCCAUGACAGCUCGACUGCUCGCCUCGACCACCGUCCGAAACUUGGCUUCGUCACUCUCACGCCCUCUCUCACGCCAGCCCAUUGCGCAACCCCUGAGGCACUUCACUUCGACGGCAGCCAAGAUGUCUUCGGUUCCCCUCCCCACUGACUAUAACAAGGUCCUCUACCAGCCUCUGGCGGAGGCGGACCCUGAGGUGCACAGCAUCAUUCAGGAUGAGACCUGGCGUCAGUUCUCGGGCCUCGAGCUCAUCGCUUCGGAGAACCUGACGUCGCUGGCGACGAUGGAGGCUAACGGCUCCAUCCUCACCAACAAGUACUCGGAGGGUCUCCCCGGCGCGCGCUACUACGGCGGCAACGAGCACAUCGACCGCCUCGAGACGCUGUGCCAGCAGAGGGCCCUCAAGGCCUUUGACCUGGACCCCAAGGUGUGGGGCGUCAACGUGCAGCCUUACUCUGGCUCGACGGCCAACUUUGCCACCUUCACGGCCAUCCUCCAGCCUCAAGACAGGAUCAUGGGUCUCGGCCUUCCCUCGGGCGGCCACCUGACGCACGGCUACUACACGGCCAAGAAGAAGAUCAGCGCCUCGUCGAUCUACUUUCAGUCGUUCCCGUACCAGGUCGACCUCAAGACGGGCAUCAUCGACUACGAGGGCCUGCACAAGAACGCAGACCUGUUCAAGCCAAGGCUACUCAUCACCGGUGGCUCGGCAUACCCGCGCGACUGGGACUAUGCGCGCUUGGCCGAGACGGCAAAGAGCCAGGGCGCCUACCUCAUGAGCGACAUUGCCCACAUCUCGGGCCUCGUCGCGGCCAAGGUGCAGAACAACCCAUUCGAGUACUGCGACAUUGUCACGACGACGACGCACAAGACGCUCCGUGGUCCCCGCGCCGGUCUCAUCUUCUUCCGAAAGGACAAGGAGGCCGACAUGGAGAGCAAGAUCAACGCUGCCGUCUUCCCCGCUUGCCAGGGCGGUCCCCACAACAACACGAUCGCCGGUAUUGCCGUCGCCCUCAAGCAGGCUGCCGACCCGGCCUUCAAGGAGUACGCAGCCCAGAUCAUCAAGAACUCGGCCGCCGUGGCAAAGGGCCUCCACGCCCACGGCUACAAGCUCCAGACCGACGGCUCGGAGAACCACUUGAUCCUGUGGGACCUGCGGCCACUCGGCCUGACGGGCUCCAAGAUUGAAAAGAUCUGCGACCUGGCCCACAUCACUCUCAACAAGAACUCGGUGCCCGGUGACGUGUCUGCCAUGACACCCGGCGGUGUCCGACUGGGCUUUGGCGCCCUGACGUCGAGGGGUAUGAAGGAACAGGACAUGGAGAAGAUCGUCGAGUUCCUCAUCCGGUCCAUCGACAUCUCGUCAGAGAUCCAAAAGAGCGUGGGCAAGAAGCUCGUCGACUUUAUCAAGGCUGCUGAGUCGCACGCCGGCGUCAAGCAGCUCCACGCCGACGUCGAGAAGUUUGCCACGAGCUUCCCUCUUCCCGGCGUGCCUGACAGCUCGUCGAUCAAGAAGCCUUGAUUUGCCAGCAUCUCGCCUAUUCCCCCCCCCGAACCAAUCUCCCACUCUCGUCGUGUUCUAGUUUCCGUCUUGGGAAUUCAACUUCCAAGCCGAGGAGCCUCUCUCUCCUUCCCCGUCCUCGUCUUGCCAAGUGACUGUAUUCAUCCUGCGUCAUGCCUCACACUC